GAGGGGCCUAAAAGGCUUUGUUUAUAUUGACUCAAAAAGGUAAACACUUUCCGCCAAUGGUGUAUUCAAUGAAUAUAAAAGUAAACGUUUACUAGACCCGAGAGAUUUCAAGACCGUCGCGCAGUUAAUAAAGAGGAGUGAAACAAAUGACCAUUAAAUGACAGACGAUAAGAAGUAAAAUCAGCUGAUUUCAAAUCAUAUCUACCUAGGCAGUAAAGAGAGCGUUGAAGAAUCCAAAUUUAAUGAAAUAAACAAAUAGAGUACCAUAGAAUCCAGUAUACAAGUCAGAAAAGCAAAUAAGCGGCAAAGUUAGAAGAAACAACAAACUCAAAGGGCAAUAUCAUGGAACGGAGCUUUUUAUACUUUUUCCUAUUUAUUGGAGUUGCGUGGGGGGCUGUGCCUGAGGGUCAGAGCAACAUUCCUCGGGCCGUUUGGGGCCAACCCAGAGUAGAACAGGCUGGAAGCAGACCAGUACAAUACGAGCACUUUGAAGAUUACCUGAUCGCUAACCUAGAUCCAGCCCAGAUAGAACGCGAGAGGACAAGAGGUCCCAACAGAUCUAACACCAGACAACACGUCUCAAAUGCAACAACCACGCCAAGUACAGAGUUAGUGGAGGAGGCGACCAACAGAUUAGACAUCUUGGGAUACUUUAAAGAUGUCCCAAGACGUCAUUGGUCAUGUUGCAUGUUGGGUAAGCUGGCUGGUGACAAAGGCUUUCACUGUCAUGCCCAAUUUUACGCUGCAAGAAUUUCAAUGAGAAACCGCAACCGCGCCCACAAUGCAAAGAUGCACUUUAAUGGACGUUGGGAAAUCCCAAACUAUGGUAAAGAACUCAUGUUGACCUUCUCAAGGUGUGUAGAUCACCGUCAUAGGGGUGAGUUCAACAAAUGUUGCUACGCAGCUGCCACAGAGCGCACAGAGCGAGAAAGAUGGCAGAUUUACAGAUGGAACACAGAUACAAACAGUACAAACACUGAAGGUAUUGACAAUACGGAAGAAUCUCAGGAAGACACUAAUGCUCGAAUAAUUGUAACAGACUCUCCCCAAUCUCAAAGACAACAACAACAAAGAGACAUGGAAAGGCAGCGACAGAGGGAAAUGCGAAGACAGAGCCGACAGAGAAACCGACAAAGGAGCAGACGCCAGUGAUUUCAAGACUUUGAAAUAACUAAAACAAUGGAGCUAUAAAUUAUUCAAGAUUGUACAUAUUGUUUUAAUGUCUAAGAAAAUAUUUUCCAAGCAUAUUAUGUUCAUACAGUAUUUGUGUUUAUGUUAACUUUGUAAAAUUGUAUAUAUUAUUGUAUACACAUUAUGCACACUGUACAUGCAUUUAGAUUGUAGAAAUACAUUUUGAAAAUAUUACACAAUUAACGACUUUCUUCUUUUGUUAGAUGAGAUUUUUAAAAUAUGUACGCAAUUCUACUAGGAUAUAUCUGAGACUAACAUAAUUAUAUUAGUCUCAGGAUAUAUCCACAUUUUCUUGAAUUCAAAUUAAGAAUUAAUAAGUUUUCCGGGAAAGGCUCAAUUCCAACUGACACAUUGAUAAGAAUGUUAAGGUGGAAUCACAAUUCCCAAGUUGACAAGAUAAACAAGCUGAAUGUCAAUGGAGUUUGAUAUUAAUCCAUUUGGAAAUUCAAGCAGAAUCUCUCCUCCAGAUAUAUUCCUUACUAUCUCAAAUAUACAGUAGUAAUGUAGUAUAUCCCAAAAGAUCCACAAUAGGUUAUCAAUUAGUCAAGUUGUUUAAGUUUCAAAGUGCAAAAAUAGGGGAACAUGUUUAAAUUCUCCCAAAUGAUAAAAGUGGUAACCAUAUUUAUAGACAAAUCAAUGGAUUAUUGCAGAAGUCUCUAGUUUUCCUCAAAUACAGUAU